AUGCUAUACUCUAGUCCAGCGGCUACCUCAGAGGACGGUUCGCUGUCGUUCACGCUGGACUCUGGAGCCUCUCACUGCUUCUUUCGUGACAGCACGACACUUACGCCUCUUCCUGCGCCUGUUUCUGUGGCGCUGGCUGAUCCCACUUCGGGACCAGUCACCGCGCGUCACACUACCACCUUGCCGUGUCCGGCUGCUCCUUCUGGGUCUCUCACUGGGUUUCACGUCCCCUCGUUCUCCCGGAACUUGGUGGGCGUGCGACCCCUCGUGAGUCAGCACGUGGGUGUGUGGUUUGAGCCUUCUGGAGAGACUGCGGUGUGUGUUGACGGGGACUCUUACCAGCCCCUCGCCACUUUUGCUGCUGAGCCGGGCUCCGGUCUCUACACUCUUCACACUCGCCCGCGCGCUCAGCAGCGACUGCAGCAGCAGCAGCAGCCGCAGCAGCCGCAGCAGCAGCAGCAGCAGCAGCAGCGGCAGCAGCCGCAGCCGCAGCCACAGCGGCCGCCGUCGCAGCAGCCACUCCUCCCAGUUCCUGUCCCUCCCCCUAGUCUCCUCCCUGCGUCUCACCAGGUGGUUCCGUCCCCUCAGGUUGUCGCGUCCAGUCCAGUCGCUGCGUCUUGCUCCUGUCGGUCGCUUGCCCACCCCACCGUUCUGUGGCACCACCGGAUGGGACACCCUUCUCUUCCACGUCUGCGUGCUAUGUCUAGUCAGCGUCUAGUCUUAGGUCUCCCGCGUGUCUUGCCGUCGCUGCCGCCGUCCCUUGCACCACCGUGCGGUCCUUGCGUCGAGGGUAGGCUGCGUGCCACCCCUCACUCCUCCUCCCUUCGUCCGGCCACCGAGCCUUUUGAGACGCUGCACUUGGACGUCUGGGGCCCCUCUCCUCGCCCUGGCCCUGAGCGUGAGCGUUUCUUUUUGGUGGUCGUUGACGACUACUCCCGCUACACCACAGUGUUCCCCCUGGCGAGGAAGUCUGAGGUGACUUCUACGCUCAUCAGGUGGUUGCUCACCACCCAGGACACUCGUGGUCGUCGUGUCAGCUGUCUCCACUCCGACCGCGGGGGCGAGUUUCGCUCCGGCAUUCUCGCUGGAUUCUGUCGCGAACAGGGCAUUCGUCAGUCCUGGACGCUUCCGGAGUCCCCACAGCAGAAUGGGGUUGCUGAGCGUCGCAUAGGCCUGGUCAUGGAGAUUGCCCGCACCUCCUUGACUCACGCCCGUGCCCCCCAUUUCCUGUGGCCAUACGCAGUCAGGUACGCCGCGCACCAGCUGAACCUCUGGCCACGCGUCUCUCGGCCGGAGGCUUCACCGACCAGUCUUUGGACAGGGUCCCCUGGUGUCGCGUCGAGGUUUCGUGUCUGGGGGUGCUUGGCUCUUGUCCGCGACACCUCCGCGGACAAGCUCUCGCCUCGCGCCGUUCCUUGUGUCUUCCUUGGUUUCCCUGAGGACUCCUCUGACUUCACCUUUUACCACCCUCCCUCUCACCGGUUCUUUGACUCCCGUGACGUCCGUUUCGAGGAGUCCACCCCGUACUACGUCAGGUACCCCAGUCGAGGUCUCCCGGUUCCUCCUCCCCCCCUCUUCCUGACAGCCGCUCCCCCUCCCCCCCCUCCCCCCCCUGGUCCAGCCCCGUCUGGUGUGUCUCAGGCUAGCCCUCCCCCUUCGGUAGCCCCCCCUGUACAGCCUCCCUCCCCACAGUCUUCCUCACCGCCUCCUGUAGGUGCUCCCUCUCGGGAGGUUGGUCCUACGACUGUCCCUGUACAGGUCUCUGGUUCUGGGGGUGCUGGAGUUGGAGCUGAGCCGCGGGUUGCAGAGGACUCUUCUCCUCCGGGGGCUGGUACUGGUCGUGCGGAGUCUGGGGGUGCUGGUGCUGCGUCUGGGGGUGAGGGUGUUCCUUCGGUUUCUGGAGAGCCUGGGUCUGGAGCUGGUGUUGGUGCUGCCUCUGGGGGUGGUGUGCCUGGUGCUUCGGAGGUUCCAGGCUCGUGUUCGUCGUGCUCGUGA